AUGGAGAUGAGGUUUAGUGCAUGCCUUACCGCUCACACCUCAUUUCCUCAGUACAUUUGGGUGGCCGAAGGCCGCACUCCGCUUGUACUUACAUACUAUUGCAAUCAAAGGUUGUACCAAGUAUUCACUAGCGUCCCGGACAUUCGCACACCUCCUGUGGUUGCGCAUGUUCUUGUGAUGGGACGAACUCUGCAUUUCUGGCCUCAAUCGAGCGUAUACGCCAGGAGGAGCAGUUUAAGCUCUUACUUGACAGGUCGCCUGGACCCUGUCGUGUUUGAGUAUAACUAG